AUGGCAUACUCGAAUGAGAUAUCAGUGGCAUUACCGCCGUCGAUGAGAGGCGUAGUAGGAGGAGUACCCAGGAUCGACAUGACAAAACAGCAACUUAGAAAACCACAACGGCACCACCCAAAGUCGCAGCCUUUCGACCCAGAGGACUUGCGCCGGCGGCUGUACGUGGUGAUCGCCGAGCGGGAAGCACAAAGCGAAAAGCGUCAACGACAAAGGGUUGACGCCAUGCCCGCAAAAUGGGCGCAGGUAGAAAGGGAACGGGAUACACAGCAGCUGUACAUCGAGCACCUAGCAGCAACGACAGCAACGACAUGGAUGCCAGAGGUGACGGCGCCACCUCGACGGCCAAGCACAACGGUGCCUAAGUCCAGACUUCAACAGCCAUCUGCCCAGGACAAAUUACGUCAGAGGAAUUCCAUGAUUGCCGCACCAUCAGAACUAUCUGAUAAUCCUACCGACACCACUGAGUGUCCGAAAUACCGCCAUAUCCCAGAACAAGCGGCCGCACAGUUCAGCCGCACGACAACCUCAGGAGGCAUGCAGGGUGAGAAGUCCACCGUCCACAGCCUUUCGCGCGCCGCGCUCCGGUUAUACGUAGAGGGGACAUCCUCAGCAGACCGGUCAGCCAUCGACUCGAGCAUCACGCCAGGCUUCCAGCGGAAGAUCCUCCAGCGGGCGCAGAGCCAGCGCGACCGACAGUACGGGCGGAACCAGUUCCAGGAGUCGCGGAUGGACGAGGCCAUGCCGUGGCGGCGGUCGAGCAAGUCCGGCGCCAGCGACAAGGGGAAGAUAGAAGAAGAGAGCAAGGGCAACAUAUCGGCGCUCGCGGACCUGCACUUACACGCGUUCCCGAACCAAGGCGACGCCCUCGCCGAUAAUAGCAAUAAUAAUAAUAAUGGAUCGCAUUCGUCGGAGGAGACCCUCGUGGACGCGGCGACGGCCAACGAGCACCGCGUCGACUGGACGCAGAGCGACGAGAUGCUGCCGUCCGAGAAGAAGGGGGUCAAGUUCCUCCGGAAGACGACGUCGAUACUCACGCUGAAGGGAAAGCUGGGACAUCUGAGGAGGAAUAGCAACGGGGAGAAUAAUGCCAAGGAAGGUGUGGAUAAUGGCGAGUCUGGCAAUAAACUUCGUAUUGUGACGAUACAAGAGGCUUGUGAUGAACAAGCUGAGGCCGAUGCUGAUGAUGGGUCGACGCCUAUGAGCCCUCAUUCGGGCACGAGUAGUAGUCGGUCUGGAAGGCCUGGGAUCUGGGCACGGUUGAAACGGGGUUAG